GUUGAUGAAGCUCUGAAGCUGCGAAUGGAAUGGGCUGUACUUCUUCUGGAUGUCGACGAGGUGGCAGUGUUUAUGAUCCCAGCGAGCAGCUCCUAGCGCCACCGCCUCACCAGAGGCGAGGCUCCAAGCCGACUCUGCUGCGGAGCGGUCGGCUCAAUGGGAAGCUACAAAAAGAGGAGGGGGACGACAAGAAGGACGACUGGGAAGAUGAGGAGAGAAUUGAUUCCAUUGUACCUUCCAAUUCCAGCACCUCAUCGAAUGCGAACCGGAGACUGGCCAAUAUUGCAACACCAAAACGACCGAGCCGUCCAAGUGCUCAAAAAGGAAAUACCACAGCACACAAGGCAUCUUUGACACCUCCAAGGAACGCCUCCAAGGUAAUUUCUCCCGUUGCUUUUGCACUGGCUGGAUCCUCUCUGCCAUUGCCUCCAUCCUCGGUACUUCCUCCACCACCAUCUUCCUCGGAGGGCUCGGGCCAUGCGGAGACGGAAAGUGAACGAAGUGUGCGAAACAAACCGGAGGUGCCUAAGAGGCAACAAAAAUUGCUAUGCUGCGGGAACAUUUGUGGAGCUAUUCAACUGCUGCGUACUCGAAAAGAGGGGGUCGAGACAGCUGAGAGUAGCACCGGCCCCCUGCAACCCCAGCUUCCGAUUGCACGCUCUAUCCAGGAGGACCGAAGAACUGAACGCCACCAUCGAGCCGCCGAGCUUCGAAAACGCUUUCAACUUGCACGAGAAACUGCAAAGGGCCUCUCUCUGUCAGCAGACGAGAAACUGCAGCUUUAUGCCUACGAAAAGCAGGCCACAGAAGGCCCUGUGUCUGGAGUUCGACCUAGUGCCUUCAACAUGCUGGCUCGUGCCAGAUGGGAUUCCUGGGCGAAAUUGAAACGUAUGGACAAGGAGGUGGCCAAGCAAGGAUAUUGUGCACUUGUCGACAAGUUUGCACCAGGGUGGAGGACGAAAGCAGGUCUGUGAAUCCUGUGAAGGCAUGCUUUUGACACAUUUACAACAAGGACUUUUGGCAGACAACACAUCGAAC